CAUUUAUAUAUUUAUUGAAUUAGAACAUUCUAGUUCAUACUUAAUGUUCAUUAUAGAUAUAACAUCACAAUUAUCAUAAAUAUGAAUUAUGGCUUAAUUAACCUCAAAAUCGUAUUAGACGCCUUAUUUGUAAUAUCUUAUUUUACGAUGCUUUAAGACUUAUAAAAAAUGGAAAAGGAAGAAAACGUGAGAUAGCUUUGUAAAUAAAUUUAUCUUUCUUAGUUCGACAUGUCAAUAUUUGAGGUAUUGACAAAUAUUAUAAAUAAAGCCUGUCCGUAGAUGUAUACUUAUCGACAUGAAUUGUAUUACGCAAUAGGCACAUAUUUGUUGAGAACAGUGCUGGUUUGAUUGAAAUUUAAAAAAAAGCAAAAGAAAAUUGCAGAAACGGAUAUUGGUUCACAGAUUAUCGCAUAUUUAGUCAGAUGCCAUUGUUAUGUAUAUAGAAUGGAACAAAAGACAGUUUUCACAAUAUGCAUUUUCGUGUACAUGUUUACACAAAAGGCAUAUGCAGUAUGUGACUUGCAGUCGCCAUUUAUAAUCUCGGAAACAGCACCAAAUGGCACUGUUAUAUUUAAUACCACCAAACCCCAGGGAACAACUCCGUCGUUUACCAUUAAAAGUCCAACACAAGGAGGUGUCGGCGCCGCAUUGAUGGACAGACUUUUGAUAAUUAAUAGUAUCACAACCUUUCAACUGAUCAAUACGGAAGUCCUAGAUCUGGAAGAGUUCAUGAUCUCGUAUGGCGCGGAUAUUAGAGCUAUAUCGUUGUUGGUCACCUGUGGCGGAAAUAAUGUAAUUAUUCUAUUUAUAUCGCCAUCCUUCCAAAUUCAAUACAGCAUAACGCUAUUUAUUUGCGAUUAAUGACUCGUUCUUUUCAUGAGGAGUAUUA